AUGGACCCUUUGUCGAUCGCCUGUAGUGCUUUAGCACUCGCCGGCGUUGCUGCCAAAAUCUACGACGCCAUAUCGACAUUGCGACGCAUCGGAGAAGUGCCAGGCAAGGUCAAUGUUCUGAAACAAGAUAUCAAAGAAUUAGAGGGCCUUCUUCGGCUGGUCAGCGGCGCCUUGAAUGAGCAGUCAUGUGUACCCGAAGCAAGCCAAGAGGUAUUAACAGAUGCCCUUGCCGGUGCCAAAGGCAGUCUUGAGAAGCUUGGGCAGGCGCUGGGGAGACUGACAGAUGCUUGUGCAGGAUCCAGAAUCAAGAUUAUCAGCAAAACGACGAUAUGGAUAAGAGAAGAGACGGUAUUCCAACGACUCCGGGAAGACGUUGCGUCCGUGAAAGGCACGUUGAGCAAUGUCUUGGGUACUCUGUCCGUAAAACAGCAGGAUGUACUGCUCCAGGGAAUGCGGGAAAUGUUGACAUGGGCAACGAAAACCCAGUUGGAGAAUCAGGUCAUCGAUAAGUUGCUGGCCGGUAAUCACCUAGCUCUGAACGAGCGUCUCGACCGCGAUCAACAAGCCAUCGCCAGCCGCAUUGAAGCACUGAUAGCUUUACUGACGAUUCAGCCUCUUCCACUUGUCCAGAAUACCAUCCCAGCUCAGCCAUCGCCAUUGACUGAGCCAGUCGGCAAUGGGCAUACGAGGGAUAUAGAGCCCCUACAUCGUGCUCCAUGUCGCAGUUGGUGUCCAUGUUCUUGCCAUAUGAACAGGAAGCGGAAGUUUGGUUCGCCAAUGAUGGUAAAUGGUGUCCUAGGCAGGAUCUCGAUGGGCUACUCUGGCAUCCCUCAUCUGAACACUCCCUGCAACUUUCCGGCCUGUCGGGGCUGUCGCAUCAGAAGGCCCGCGGUAGCUACACUGGAGUGUUGGCUGCCCGCCUGGUUGGCGACAAUGAACCUGAAGUUCCAUCUCACUUACCUCGCAAGAUCAGGGCCGUCGUUCCAGCUGUCGACCACAAGGAGAGUUUCAGACGACUCGCAGUCGAUCUCGUUCGCUAUGCGUGGGGACAUCGAAGGCCUGAGGCACCUUUUUGCGCAAGGUUUGGCAGGACCAAGAGAUGUCAGCGACUCUCGAGGCUACACUCUGAUGCGCUGGGCCCUUUACGGAGGCAUGCACAACUUUGACACGGUGCGUUUCUUGAUCAGUGAGGGCGCCACGGUAGAUGAAGCCUCGUACGACAACGUUUGGGAUUUCGUCUCCAGAGGAAAAUGUACGACACCGCAGCAGACAGCGCUUCGUUGCAUUACAGAAGGUGGAGAGGGUGACUGGGUUGAAGAGCAGAAUUUCCCUCUAGUCCACAGGAUUAUUCUCGGAAUGUCGUCCAAGUCUCUUGCCCUGGAACUGGCCGAGAAUGAAAAUGCUGUGCAUCUUACCGACGCACAACACCGAACAGCCCUCGAUUGGGCUACAGCUCGAUCUCAGCUUGAUGACAUGGUGUUGCUUAUCAAGCACGGUGCCGAUCCGAACAACAUGGACAUCACUGGCAGGACCCCCGUCCUACACGCGGUUGACAGUCACAAUAUUGACAGCCUUCGCAUCAUUCUGGAUGCCGGCGGUAGUCCGAAUCCAGAGUAUCCCGAAGGUCUGCUUCGCAGCAGUCCUUUGACGGCCGCAGGAUUCGCAGGAAUGCCAACGCUUCUAAAGCUAUUGCUUGAGCGCUACGCCGAGCCUAAUGCCUGCAAUCCGGAAGGACUCACAGCUCUGCACUCCGUGGCACGCACCCACAACACAGAUUGUGCCCUCCUAUUACUGGAACAUAGCGCAAACCUGAACGCCGUCUCCAGGAGCGGUCAGACGCCUUUGACUACCGCCAUAAAAUACAACAACCACCCGGUCCUGCGGCUAUUCGUGGACAGAUGCUAUAAUUACAUGACCUCAACGACGUUCAGCGGGCCGAAAAUACUUCCCGUAGUAGCAGAAUUCGCCGACGUUGAUACCAUCAAUAUGUUGACGGCUGUUCACCCACUGAAAGCGGCAUACGACCUCAGUCCAAAGAGUGUCACGAUGAGUCGAGCUCUGCUCGAGCAACGGCGUGACUAUGACGAGAAACUCGCCGACGCCUUUGAUACUCUUGUCGCUACCGCCGUGGCGGAGAUUGAGGAGACGAAGUCCAUCGAUAGCCUGCUCGAAUCUGGCUUCUUCCUCUCCGCAAGAUCGUCUUUCCACUCGGAGCUGAGUGAAGCCGCGUCGAGUCUGAGCUCCCUGGAUAACUCGUUUACCACGCGGAAUGACAUUGGAACGGAACAGUGGGAGAGCAUUGGAGAGCGGUUCUACUCGCCUGCUUCGCCAAGCUCUGGUUGGCUGUUUGAAUCGCCAACCUCCCCAUUGUCACCAGUUGUACAGCAGCCAGAGGGUAGGAUUGUUGAGAUUUGA